UUUGAAUUUUGAGGCUUGUGACUUCAUGAAUUUUCAUUAAUUUCUUUCAAAUAUUUCCUAAAUAUUUGAUUAUAUGAAAAGACCUUCAACUUUUGGAUGUGAAUGUACCAGCCCAUUCGUUCAGUCAUUGCGAGGCAAUUCCAAUCAUUUCAGCUUUCACUUCACUCCAGAAAAAGUUUUUUUUAAUUCAUCAUUCGUCGGUUUGAGUCAGUGUCUUCGAGGUUGCAAUCAUAAGGAGCAAUAAUCAACUCUCGAUAAGCAAUUGUUGUGCAACAAUUCACAAAUAAAAAUAAUGCUUGUAAAAGCAGAGUGGAAUGGAGUCCAUAACCAUAGAAAAACGUCCAAGAAUUCAGUCGUGCAACGUUUUCAUCUCAACGAGGAAUCCGAUAGAAUCACAUAAAAUGAAACUGAGUCUAAAAAAUAAUUUAAUUGGCCUGAAACUUUUUAACAAUUUAUUUGACAUCGAUCUUGAAUCAUUAAUAAUUAUACCAGAAUCAUUGUCAUCGUUGAAUGUAUCAGACAAGUAUGUGUCAUUCAGGUUACAAUCUAGUCCAGUUGAUUCAACAGUUGGCACAUUUUCAACAGAAGUCAUCGAUUCUCAGAAAAUAGAGAGGGAAAUUGUAACAGAGAAAUCAGACAUUCAGCUACCUCCAAAAAAUACUCAAUUAUCGUUGGUAUGUAGUUGUUGUAAAAAUAUUCUAAGCAAAUCUGAUAUUAUUUUUAAGCGAGUACUUCCAUUACCGAGUGACGAUUGCGAUCCUUCCCAGUGGUUUUGUUGUUCUCACACUGGAGAUGAUUUUAAUAUAACGACAUUGUUACAACCACGUGACAACGAUUUUUUCUAUGGAUCUCAUUACAGCAUUUUGAGUAGGAAUAUAUUUUUGGAUAAGUACAAAAUUUUUGGGGAAGAUAUUGUGUGCAACAGGUGUUUAACAGUACUAGGCAGCUGUCAUUUGGAAAAUCAUGGGGACGCUAUUAAAUUUUGGAAUUCUUCCCUACAAUUUACGCUGAAAUCGUCACCAUCUGUGUAUUGUAAUGAAACUAAUCCUUGGAUUGACUUCAGAGCAGCUUUUCUACACUGUAUUAACGACGAUAUAUUUAAUACUGAAAUUAAUUUCUUAGCUGUCGAGCAGAAUCGCCAAUAUUUAUUAAUUAUCAAACCGGUGGAAAAAAAUCUUUGUCUUCUGACAGAGUCACUCACCUCUAAAUUGACUAAAAUCACUUUAGUUAAAAAGUUCGUUACAAAGGUGUUGUAUAGAUACGAAAAAUUACAGUGUCCUGUGAAAAAUAACUCAGACGUGAGGAUUUGUAGGAUAAGUGUUAAAAGUAUGAUUGCGGGUAUUGAUAAUUUAAUAAUAUCGUCCCGAAGAAUUCCACCGAUUUAUCGUAAGGUAGAAGUAAACUAUCACGUAGGUUACAUACAAUAAUUUAAAAAAUAACUGUAGCUUGUGCGAAUUAUGUUUCUCAUAUUUUUCUAUUCUCUGUUUAUACAAUUACAGAAAAAAUAUAUUUUCUAGAAUGUU